AUGUCUGCUGAUGAUAAGACGAAAUCGACGAUGGUUCAUUCGUUUCAAGAAUGCAUGGCCAAAGGCGGACGAAUUGUUGAAUGUCAUCCAAAUGCAUAUGCGACAAAUCAUUAUGCGGUUCGAAUCAGAAUGCCGAACGAUUUCGAGAAGUUUUUCCCAAACGUCAUUGAAGAACACGUUAAACCUUUCUUGGAUGGUGAUAAUUUUCCAUCAGCUCAAUCAGGGAACGCAGCGAAACAAAAUCAAGAGUUGAGUUCGGAAGGUGAAAACGAAUCGUCUGAAAAAGCUGGAUCAAGAACCAAUUUCUUGAAUGCCAUGCAUAAUGGAGGCGUUAUUAUUGAGUAUCACAAGAACAAGCGAGGAAAUUACACUGUUCGCGUGAAAUUACCAUCAAAUGACACUGAAGUUUUUCCGAACAUCACAGAGGAACACUUUAAUCAAUUUAAAACAAAGAUCGCACAAGAAAAGCCUCCUGAACCAGAGCACCACCACCGUGACACGUUUGAAAAAACUAUGAACGAAGGCGGUUGCAUUGAGGGAGUCAUCAAAUUUGAAAGUUACUCUAUUUACGUAAAGAUGCCAGAAGGGAAUAUUGAACAAUUUGGAAAUAUUUCCAGUGAGCACCUCGAGAAAUACAAGGACCGUAUUGUUUUACAUCCGGAACUUGUACAUGACAGAAAUAUCGAUCAUCAACAUCGCAAGGGCGACACGUUUGAAGUUUGCAUGCAAAAACCCGGUGUUACUAUUAUUGAUUAUCACGCUCAUCCUUUCUAUUCUUUGCAUGUAAAGACUUCGAAUGGUAAAGUGGAAUAUUAUUCGCAUAUCAGUGAGAAAAGAUUGGAAAAGUAUCAACAUUCAAAGCCUGAGGAUUGA